UGGUCUGUCGUCAGGAGACGUUGGAGGGACUAAGUAAGUAGUUACUCAGAAAAGUUGCAAAAGUUAUCAAGAUAUCUCUGUUCUUUAUUCUUGUUGAAGUAAAGAAAAAGCAAACAACAUUUUACAAAUUGGAAUCGUUGCUUUUAAAUGGAAUGCUUUCUGCCUUGCAAGCAGCUGCUGUAAAAUGAGAGACAAACAUGGCAUCGGAAUUUGUUCGAUGGUGAUCUUUACGUCCGUUUAACGUUACGAUGUCCUAAUCCAUACACGAUUUCAGGAAUAAUGCAAGAAGUUCCUAUUGCUGUAGCAAUACGGGUACGACCCUUGGUUGGCCAAGAAAAGCUUCUUCAUGAGGAAGAAUGUAUUUCAUAUGUAAAUGGCAAGCCUCAUUUGAUACUUGGCAAAAACAGGGGGUUCAAAUUUGACCAUGUUUUCAAGCCAGAUGUAACACAGGAUGAAGUAUACAAAAGCUGUGUUUGUCAACUUGUGGAAAAUUGCAUUGAUGGUUAUAAUGCCACAGUAUUUGCAUAUGGACAGACUGGUUCUGGCAAAACAUAUACAAUGGGGACAGGUAGCAACUGUGCUUUGCUUGAUGAAGAAAUUGGAAUUCUGCCAAGAGCAAUAAAUGAUAUAUUCAAAAUUAUUGAGGAACGGAGCAAAGGAGCUUUGUAUCGACUGAAGGUAUCAUUCAUUGAAAUAUACAAGGAAGAAGUUAAGGAUUUGCUAGAAUUCCAAGGGGAUGGCAAAGAUCUUCAUAUAAGAGAAGAUGAAAAGGGCAAUACCAUUGUUGCUGGCCUGAGAGAGGAGACAGUUCACAGUCUGGAUGACGUCAUGUCAUGUCUUGAUUCUGGAGCAUCUUUACGCCACACUGCAUCAACGCAGAUGAACGAGUAUUCUAGCCGAUCACAUUGCAUAUUUACAAUUGCUAUUGAACGCCAUCCUAUGUUAAGAGAGGAAAUCGACAAUCAAGCAAACUUCAGCGAGUCAGUAACAACAGCAAGGUUCCAUUUUGUGGACUUAGCGGGAUCAGAGAGGAGUCACCGUACAGGAAACCAGGGUGAAAGAUUCCGUGAAUCAAUUUCAAUAAAUGGCGGCCUACUUGCUUUGGGCAAUGUGAUAUCGGCGUUGUCUGACCCCAGAAGAAGGCAGCAGCAUGUCCCAUACAGGCAAAGCAAGCUGACACGACUUUUGAAGGAUUCUCUUGGAGGGAACAGCAGGACUUUGAUGAUAGCAUGCUUAAGCUCCUGCUCAUCAGAUAUCGAUGAAAAUCUUAAUUCUUUGAAAUAUGCCACAAGGGUGAAGAACAUACGAAACAAGCCUAUAAUAAACACAGUUGUUGAGGCGACGAAACUUGCAAAGAUGCAAAACGAGAUUCAGGUGUUGCGCGAAGAGCUAAUCCGUCAGAAAACUGUACCCGUAUCAUCACAAGGCUCUGAAAGACCACCCGUUGAUAUUGCAAGUUCGGAUAAGUUAAAAGAAGAAAUAGAAAGAUUGAAGAGCACCUGUGACAUGUAUGGCUCAAUGAGCAGCGAUGCUGCCUCGUUAAUCAAAUUGUUCCAUGGUUCAGACAUGCCUCCCUACGACAUCCAGGAUAAACUCGCCACGUGGAUAGAACGCUGGGAGAGCUGCAAGAGCUUUGCACGGGAGCUGGCUGCGGGGGCGGAUGAUGCACGGCGACAAAUCAUUGACCAGGAAAUAUUAAUGGAAAAAUCGCAUGAAAUCGAAGAAUUUAAAGUCAAAAUUCAAGCAUUGGAAAAUGAAAAGGAGAGUUUGGCUGCGAAACUGCGGGAAAUUUCAGAAGGUGAAAAGAGGAGAGAACGGCAAAUGUUUGAGCAGCAGUUGAAAAUUCAUACUUACGAAGAUGAAAUGGGGAGAUUGCGUCACAAAAAUGAUGACAAAAACAUCAGAAACAAUUCAAGAACGAUUCCACCAAAAAGUGCUCCUUCCAGGCUGCAGAAAAGAGGGGCUUCAACACUAUCACGGUUCAAAACGAGGUAUGCCUCGUUUGACGACGAUCAGUUGAUGAGAAGCUUUCGAGCGCGCAAUGAACUAUUGGUUUCAAAGUAUGAAGAUAUCGAUGAAGUUUCCCAUGAUGAUUUUGUUAGUUCGGAAGAAGAUGAAAGUGAAGCUGAAGGAGCGGAUCGUGGACUGAAAAGCACUUUCACCAAGGCACAUUCUUCGUUUCCUAAAUUUCCUCAGAAUCUCUGGAAUCAUACCAAAGAAAGCAGUGCAAAUGCCCAAGGUGUGGCGGCAAGGGAGGAGCUUCCUUUUGAUGUACCCAGAAAGGGAGUGAACAGGCCAUUGGCUUCCAUGACACCAUCGAAGCUGCCUGUUAGACGUACACCUAGCAAUCAGAACGAGGUUGCGGGGAAAGCACCUCAAACCUCUGAAAACACGAAACGGAAAUUGCGGAAUGUGGAAUUGGACCUGAAGGACGCAAGGCAAAAGUUGCUGAAUUUACAAGGGAACAUCGAGCAAAAGGAGGAGCUCAUUAAAGAGUUGAUAGUUGGUGAUCGAGAAAAGCAGGAACUAAAUAACCAGUACAAGGAGAAAUUGAAGCAUUUGGAGAAAGAGACGGAACAAGCGAAGAAAGAUCUAGAGGAGGCAAGGUCAAAGCUAGACAGCGUUGAGAAGGAGGGGACCAGUAAACAAAAACUGGAAAGGGAAUACAAAAAGAAACUGAAAGCUGUUGAAACUAAGGUAUCAGCACUUGAAAGCAAGAGGACUGAGGCUAAUUUAUUGGACGAAUUUAGAAAUAAGGGGGACAGAAAGAUUAAAGAUUUAGAGGGCCAUAUUGAGAGGUUGCGUAACCAUUAUGACCGCAUGGCAAAAAAACUGAAGCAAGAGUCGGAAGAAAAGUCAAAGUUAGAGCAGGAUUUGACCAAAGGUGAACACAGGAUUAAAGAAUUGGAAAUGAAGACUGAUCAACAAUCAAAGCUAUUGAAGAGAAAAACAGAAGAGGCGUUAACUGCCCAGAGGAAAUUGCGAGCUGGAAGCAAUGCGCAUGAGCAGGAGGUAAAGGACGAAUUAGAUGUUAAAAGGGAAAAGAUUGACGAAGAAAUUGAUAAGAUAGUAAAAGAAAAGCAAAAAAUUGAAGAGCUUGAUAGAGAUCUAAAGAAAAGAGAAGAAAUAAUCCGAAAGAAAGAAGAUCUAUUAAAAGAGAAGUAUAAACUUGAAAUGAAAAAAGUCCGAUCCAGUCAGAUUCUAAACCAGGAUAUUGUGAGGCUUUCCGUGCAACUAGACGACGUGCAAAAAGCAAUUUCGGACGCCAAACGUGCCUCAAUUAUUGCUAAAGACAAGGCAAGAUUCCAAGAAGAUGUAAACAGACUUCUAAGAAGAAAAGAGGAACUUGAUCAGCAAAGAAAGGAUCUUGAGCUGAAACUGGAAGGCAAUGAGAUUUUAGAACCAACAGAGGAGAGGCAUUUGAUUGAGCUUGUUGAAGCUGUUGAGGCACUUGAGAUGGCUAUUGACUUUAAAAAUGAAAUUAUUGAGAACAAAGAAAACAGUUUUGGGAUAAAGCCUGACAAUGAAGUUGUUGUUGGAAGAUUGAUGGAGAUGGUACAAGAGCUAAGUGCAGUGGAAAUAAAGGGUCUGCUGCAGAAGUAUUUUGAACGAGUGAUAGAGCUGAAAGAGGCGGAAAGGAAAAUGAUGGAAAUGCGAGAUGAACUAGAAAUAGAACUUAGAGAGAAGGAAAAAUUUGCACAGGAAUUGCAACACUCUCUUGUUCAAAUGGAGGCAAGAGCUGAAAGGAAGCUAACAGAACUUGAAAAAGAUCACGAGAAGGAAAUUCAAUUUUUGAUCGAAAAAGUUAACAAUUUAGUUAAAGGACAAUCAUCCAACGAGGUUGUCAGGUCAUUGGAAAGAAAAAUUCAAGAAUUAGAAAGAGAGUUGUUUUACUACAAAAAAACUAGUCGUGAACUGAAGCAUAGAUUACGAGAAGUGAGCGGGGCCUCGAUUGUAUCUGAAAGUAUGACGUCAGAAAAACACAGCAGUAGAAUGGCUGCAGAAAAAACACAGGGGGGCACAUCUGAAGAGAGGAAAACUAAUUUGUCAAGGGUUGGGUCACCUGAAGCUCAAAUGGGGAAACUUCCGUCCGAUGAAAGCUUCCACCUACCCCCAGUGCAACAGGCUGCACAAGAAGAAAAGAAAUCAAAAAAUGACCAAAAAGAUGGAAGAAAGUCACCGAAAACACACGCAAGAUCUAAUUAUGAAAAUUAUGUCAACCAAGAUGAACAGAAGCGAUUAAAGGACAUAUUCGAGUCAAGACAACAAACAUCAAAGGCUAGAAAAGAGUACAAGCAUCAAAGAGGUGACGGUUCUGUUGACCAAAAGUCAGCCUCAUCUUCCAAUCUGCAAUCACAUUAUAAAGAUUCAAACGAAACAGGAAAGAAUCCCUGGUCAUGAGAGAAAACUUGGUCAAGCAGUCUCCAAUGUGCUUUGGAUUACAUGCCUCAAAGAGAACAGAUAGAAAAAUGCCCUUUUUCAGCAUCUGGAUGCAUCUUGAGCAACUCACAGAACAAGGGAAACAAUUUAUGAAAAAAGACUCACAAAGCACAUUAGUGAAAAUUGUUCAUAUUCCACUAAUAAAUGGUUUGCUAAGCUAUGAAAUUGCCUACCAAUGAUGCUAGGAUAGAACCACCAAUCCAUGAACUGAAUCGUCUCUCUGUCUGGCUGUUAUUGGAUAUCAGCUUUAGCCUCAUGCUCUACAAAAUCAAUUGCAUCAAUACUAUAUUACACCAGUAUGAUACCCAAAACAUCAUAACAAUCUCACCAUUGCAUUAUUUAUAAUUGAUAAUAUAUAUAAAACACUUAGCAAACAUACAACAGAUGCAAUCAUCAACCGGGUUGGUGUUUUGAUGACCAAAAUGAAGAAGUGAAAAUGAAGGUUUAUCUGUUGACAUGUAUGAGGAAUUAAUGCAUACUUUAUGAAAAAAAUCACAUAAAGUUAUCUAAUUAAAUAUUAUAAACAAAUAUUUAUACUUUCAGUAGACAGUAGCAGGGUUUCUACAUUUUGUCUAUUUAUCAAAUUUUAGAAACUUGAAAUAAUAAUAAAUAUCAUGAUACAAUUAUAAAGGUAUUCAAAUAGAAUUGUUGGACUAAAAGUAAGGGAAGAACAUACAGAUGGUGUCUUUGAUAAUAGCUCCCUGUUGAGUCUGUCCACAAACCCAUUUAAUAAAGUGUUGCCUCCCACUGCAAUCACACUGUUAUACAGACCCUGCAAAGAGACAAAACAAGAUUUUCAGUUUUUAGUAUUAUUGGUAGAAGCAUGUGAAUAAGUUAAUUAAAAAUUGAAAAAGACUAGAUGUCAAAGAUAAACUGAAUUGAUUAAGAGAAAAUAAUAAGAUAAAAAACAAUUGUAUUUCAUACCAUAUGUCAUAACUAAGACCCUGUCUACAUGUGACCGGAUCCGAACUGGAUAAAAAAGAGUUUGGAUAGGUCCUGUGUUUACUUGGGCUCGUCUUCAGAGGUGAUCCUGUAAGGAUUUGAUCUGGACCGGAUCCUGUGUAAACAGUUGGAUUGUGGUCCAGAUCGGAUUGGUUUACGUUGUUUCGCAAGUGAGACAGAAUAAUUGUCAAUUCGAAGUACUUCAAACCUGUAUCCUGUGAGAUUGGCAUGAGAAAACUAAACAGGAAGUUGAGUUACUACAAUAUUGACAAAUCAGUACCACGAUAAGAUGAAUCCAGCAGUCUUAGAGAUAUGUUUGGAGCUUAUGUUUUAUUUUUAUUUUUGCUGUGAGUCUGUCUUCUGUGAACAGCACUUGUUAAUUGUGAAUUGGGGUGAAUUGCAAGUUGCUUUAUGUUCAUGUUGCGUCUGAUGCACACUCAUCUGGAUCCAAUACGUGUAAAUGCAAAUGGUUUUGGAUCAGACCCCAAGUAAACGCUUGGGAUCGGAUCCACAAGUAUACAAAUACUUUGGAUCUGAACUGUUUGAGGUCUCAUGUAAACAGGGUCUAAACAAACAUCAAACAAAGAUGCAAGAAAAUUUUUUAAAAAGUUUUUCCUACAAAAUAAAUAGAUUUAUACAAAUAUCUACAUAAACUUUUGAAUAACUAUAUUAACAGCUUAUUUUAGCAUGCUUAAAGGUAAUGUGUCCAUAUAAAAGAACUGUGUAUACCCAACUUGUCAAGCCACCCAUCAAAAUAACGGUUUGCGAUUGAUUAGUAUUCUUGCGAUGCAAAACUGCUCACAUGAAAAGCUAACCUCGCAGCACGAUCCAUAAACAAAAUGACUGUAAUGACUGGGGCGAUGACAUGAAGAAUCACAUAUUUCUAAAACCCCCGCAGAGUCGCUUGCUUUAGCUGGACACAUUACCUUUAAUUUCGCUGAUGCAAAGGGAUUUGGUUUUCAAUUUCCUGGUCAUAUUGACAGCUCAUGUCUAAGCAGGCACAGGCCACUUAUUAUGAAAUUGCUUUGAAGUUCUGUUCCUUCAGACUCCCGAUCAUAUUAUUCAUAAGUCCCCACUUGGCCUAAAGUCAGGAUAUCAUAAUUUUAAAAUGCAAUGUUUAGUACUUGUAGAGAAUCCAUUAAGGCACUGAGAAAGCAGAAGGUUAGGGAUGUUAUGUUAAAGUAUGGAACUAAAUUUGAACUGCAAGUUGAUGCUCAUUUUUCAAUCAAAACGAAAUUUUAUCUGUAGUUCUUCUAUCUUGAAAUCACAUUGCUAACCAACAAGUUUCAAUGCCUCAGCAAGCAGCAUUUUGCUUAAUAUUAUUUCUGCAUUCUAAACACUGCAAGGGAAACACAGCUUAAGAUUUUAAGCACUAUAAUGAGAGAAUUCAAGAAGGAACUUACAGCUCUAAUAUCGAUAUCACACAUCCCUAUGCUUGUUGUAAUGACAUGAGGGACACCAAGCAAUGUUGUGCUCUCUAUUCCCUAGUGAAAAUUACAAAUUGUCAAUUAUCAUCAAUUGUCAUCUAUUAUCAUCAAUAGUCAUCAAUUAUUAUCAACUGUCAUCAAUUAUCAUUAAUUAUAAUCAAUUGUCAUUAACUGUCAUCAAUUGGCAUCAAUAAUAAUCAUCAUUUUUGUCACCAUCAUCAUACUAAUUGUAGCAGCUAGUCAAAUAUUCAUAAUUAUGAGAUAAUUAGGUCAUCUUUCUUUCUAUAAGUGAAAUGAACAAUUUACC